AUGAUACGUUGGAUCAGCGUAGAAGUUUUGUUCAAUCAAAUCCAACGUUGUAUAAUAAUACAAGUGAUAGUGACGGUAAGAUACAUCAUUAGAAAUAUAAUUAAACGUCAACUAACAUCAACAACAACAAAACAGGCUAACAUAAAAACACUUGUUCUAGGUGAUGAUUCGGAGGAGCACAUUUACGAGACUCUUAAGUUUCAUAGUCCAGUCACAAAUAAAACAGUUGCACGUACAUCGAUAUCAGACGCACAAGAACUGCCACCAAAAUCCGCCUAUCUAUUGCCAACCUCGUUAAUUUCUUUCGAUCAUUUUACCACUAAUCUUUAUCUCGUUGUUAACACAUCAUUAAAUCAAAUUUUGGUAGUAUUUGGUUCCACAAAAAUUCAUACUAUAAAAGUAUAUGAUACAGAUGGAAAAAAGGCAAAGAAUGAUUUAAUUUUAAAUUAUAAAUAUGAAGAUCUUCACGGCUAUAGAGUCUUGUCCUAUGCACUUAAUAACAGUAACAAAUAUCGUAUUGUCGUUAAUGAAAUACGCGUCUACGCCAAAUCAUUACCACUUCCAUCAAAAGUUGUUACCGAUGAGUUUGAACAAACAAUGAAACAACGUUUACUAUAUUUUGACAAUACCGGGGGAUAUGUAUCUGCGACAAAACGAUUACCAGUGCAGAAUGAAAUAUCUUGUGUCGAAAUCGACCGUCAUACAACAUCGAUUUAUGUCUAUGAUGGAGAAUCACUGAUGUGUUUAGACCGUGAAUGGAGAGUAUCACUUGAAGAUGUCGAGUGUAUCGCGUGUGGACGCACAUUUCUAGUUUGUUUACACAUGAAAAAUAAUCAAAUAAGUGUCUAUAAUACGACGACCGGGCAAUUCAACUACCGUUGGUUGAUAUCAUCGUCGUCUGUAAUAAAUUUACAAGCUGUGCAUUUAUGCGUCUCUAGAAAUGAUGAAAUUUAUAUAUUAGCUUGGAAUUAUGAUGUGUCACCACCUAAUAAUUUUAUCUUGGUAUUUAACGAAGAAGGACACUUCCAACGAGAAAUUUACAUACCGAACAGAAUGACACUCAAUUCACAUGGAAAAUUUGAGUAUUCAAUGACCAUUGGUAAUGAACAGCAAACACCCCAAAAUCAAAUUUCAAUGCUAUGGAAACUCCAGCACAUGAAACAGAAACUGCAUGUUCCUCAUCUUCCAUUAGCCAGUUCAGAUUCAUCAUCGUUGUGGAUGCAAGAACCGUCACAGUUAGUUUGGGGAACACCCUCUCAAUUUCCAUUCGCAUCAUAUCGAAAUGCAUGGGCGUACCAAGAACCAUCUUUGAAUCAUUCACAUUUGACACAAGAGGAAUUAGGAUUCAAUGGUAGGCAAAUGCUCAUGAACCUUUCAGAGUCAGAAUACAAUGAUCCGACGAUAUUUAGAGCGUGUUUCAUUGCCAUCACUGAUGAUCGUACAUUAAUCGUAUCUAAUAUUAGUGACCUGGAUUUGGAUGAAGAUAUCAGUCAAGUAUCGGAAAUUAGACUAAAUAGAAAAAUUAUCUUUUUCCGUCUUUAA